AUGGAUAUUUGUCAAGUAGCGUUUAUUGGAGAUAAAAUCGUAUCAACGUUUCCAUUCUUACAAGCUCUUUCAACAAGAUCAUUCAUUGUUUAUACUCUACAUGCUCGAAGUCCAAAGCAUUUAUUUACACGUAUAGAAAAAUAUUGUUACAGAGGAUUUAAUCUUUUAGAACCUAUCGAUUUCGAUGGUGAUUUCGAAUUUUUGAUGGCACAGGAAGAAAUUCCAUUGUAUCGUGUUGAAUAUCAGCACUAUAUCGAUGAUGAAGGUGAAAUUCAAAUUGCUACAACAGAAUUUCGUCGACCAUUUUUGAACAAUGUUGAUACUUUUCGGUUGCAAGAAAAAUUCAUACAUAUGGUUAUGUCAAUUGAAGCUGAAAAAGGAAUGAAAAGAGCUGCUUCUGAACAAUUACAAGGUCAAGGUAAAAAGAUUAUGACUGACCAUCAUGCUUCAAGUUCCACUCCAAAAUCUUUUGAUCAACCAAAAUUUGUUAGUGCCAGCGAGAUGAUUAUCAAUAAUCGUACAAGCAUACAGCAAAUACCUGAAAUUUCUGAUGAAGAAUUUCUUAAAAUGGCAAUUGAAUUCGAAAAAUUACAUCCUCAAUAA